AUGCCACUGCAGCAGCACCAACACCUGCCACCACAUCCAUCCGUCUCCGACUCCAAACAACUGCCUCCGGCUCCACCGCCGCGUCCCCCUGCCGCUCCGUUAUCCCCCUUCGCCGCCUUCCACUCCCGCCCUUUCUUCUCCUUCGACUCCUCCCCCGCUGCUUCCCUCCCCGACUCCAUCCCCAAGGACGACCGCCGAAACGCACCCGUCACUGCCCCAACGAGUAACGGCUUUCCCCCUCGCAACGCCCACCGGCGUUCGCAGAGCUGCGACGUCCCAUUCGCCUUCCUCCCACCGCCGGCAGUUGGCAUGAAGACGGAGGACCGCGACGACAGCGGAAUGUUGGACGGCGAUGACCUGUUCGACGCCUACAUGGACUUGGAAGGCUUCGACGCCUUCAAUUCCUCCGAGGACUGUCACAGCAGAGACAGCGGAUGCAAGUCCAACGCCGGUGACAGCAGCGACAACGAGGCCGACAGCGAUGCCAAGGGAUUGCGCGCCUUGGGAUCGCUGAAGCGGACCGCUGCCGCCGUUCCUGGCUCUGCUACGGCUUCCGGGCAUUGCAGGAGUCUUUCAAUGGAUAGUUUCAUGGGGAAAUUUAACUUUGAGGAACCGCCGGCGGAGCUGCCGCUUUCCCGCGGAUUAAUGACAACAACUGCUAAAGCCAACUAUUUGGUCAUGAAACCGACUACCUUUAGCUUGGAGUUUUGCAAUGGUCAAUUCACUGCUGCCGAAAUGAAAAAGAUCACGGAGAACGAGAAACUCAUGGAGAUGGCCAUGGCGGAUCCUAAACGAGUCAAAAGAAUAUUAGCUAAUCGGCAAUCUGCUGCGCGAUCGAAGGAGCGAAAGAUGAGAUAUAUUGCAGAGUUAGAACAGAAGGUUCAGGCAUUGCAGACAGAAACCACAACCAUAUCAACACAACUGACAUUGUUGCAGAGAGGCUCAGCAGGGCUUGCAAAUCAGAACAAUGAGCUCAAGUUUCGACUUCAAGCGAUGGAACAACAGGCAGAACUAAGAGAUGCUCUAAAUGAGGCAUUGACUGCAGAGGUUCAGCGGCUAAAACUGGCUGCCACUGGGUUGGCAGAUGCUCAUGCUUAGUUCGUCCACUGCUUCCUGGGUGUUCUUUCCGGCGAUGUAGGCUUAUGUUAACUGGGAAAAGUAUUGCUGUGGGGCGGGUUAUUU